AUGCCACCGGCCGACUUUGACGCCCUCUCCGACGGUAGCGACCUCACUGGCGAAGAUUCCGCCUCCGACCUUCAAGAAGACGACGAAGAAGUCAUGGCCUCUGCUCCUCAGACUCCAUCCAAGAAGCGCCGUCGCACCACACGCACCAUCAUGAAAGAUGACGAAGAGGACGAGUAUGAAGUCGCAGAUGCUUUGGCAGACGAUGAUGGAGACCAAUUGGACGAUGAUGAUGAAGAUGCUGAUGACUUGGACGAAGAUGACGAGGAGUACGACGCUCCGUCUACUUCGCGUAGAGGUGCAACGAGGAACUCAGGCCGGAAGUCGGCGAGGAGUGAAGCCGCGACUCCCAAAAGAUCGGCUAGGACAUCAACACGCGCCACUGCUGCUUCGACGACACCCGCUGCGAGCGCAGGUAAAAAGUCUCUCCGAGUCAAACUCACACGCACACCUCAGGCAACUGUCAAAGAAGACGCUUCCCCCGCUCCAACGGGUCGCGCCUCCAAGACAGCACCCUCUGCGCCUACUCCGCCCGCAACCCGUCGAGCGAAAGACGCAUCAAAGGUCAAGUGGAAACCACGCGCUAAGAGCGGCAAAGCUUCGGACUCGGACGAAGACGAAAUCCCCGUUCCCGACGAUGACGAACUCGAAGACGAGCUCGACGUCUCCCACGCACCCACAGUACUUUCCGCAUCCGACGACGAAUCCUCUUCCGAGCCGGAUGAAGCCACCGCCCUCGAGAUGCAAGCCAUCAUCGGCAAGACAGCCCGUCAACUCGCGCGAGAGGGGGGUGCGGAAUCGUCCCACAUGGAACUACCCAUGUUCGAUCCGAACCGCAAGAAGAAGCUCACCGAAAACGAGAUCGCACUUCGACGUUCCGAGACCGCCCGCAAGCGCAAGAAUCAGGUCGAGAAGAAGCUCGAAGACGACAAAGUGGAGACCAUCAACCGUCUCCUCAAGAAGCAGGUGGGCAGGAGUAGGAAUAAAUUGAGAGCAGGUAGUGAGGAUUCCGACGAGGAGGUCGAACAGGCACGAAAGAGGGGCAAGGAAGAGUUGUCCCGAAAAGCGUUGAAGGAGAUGCCCGCUCCCUACUUCAGGUUGAUCGACAGAGCAGACGGCAAAGUUCUAGGUGUACCCACCGGGCCCGCGACAGUAGAGCAACUGUUGGGCGCCAACUACGUCGAGGUCAACCAGACGCUGAUCGCCGAGCUCGACAAGCCGAUCCAGACGGAGGAGCUGUCGGAGAAGCAAAGAUCGCACGCUCAGAGGGCGAGAAAGCGGCUCGAAGAACAGGCAGAGCGAUGGAAACAAGACCACGCUCUCGAUCACGUCUGGGGCCAGGAGGGUCUGUACGAGUACAAGCUGCGAACCGUCCUGGGUCAGUCGAGGCAGGACUGGAUCGGCUCAAGGCGUCAGCCCACGAUUGAACAGCAGCAGGAGACGGAGGAACAGGACGCAGAGGUAGAAGCUGAGGCAGAGGCUGACGAGCAGGACGACGACGCCGAAGACGAGGUUGCAGAAGACGCCGAAGGUGAUCAAGAUGAACAAGACGUCGACGAGUCUUGA